CCUUCGAGCCGAGGUCCGGCGCGCUAUCGACUUUCCCGCAAAUGCAUGCUCGUGCGGCAGGAUCGUUUCCGCGCUUAUAAACCCAGGGUCGUUACAGUACUUUAUUGAACACAUAUAGACACUCUUCACUUUAUUAUCACCAUGAUCCGUAGAGCUAUGUGUCGCAGGCAACCAAGAUUCGGGGUUUUGGCAUGCUGAUUACAGGUGGCAGUCGAUGAUUGACAAUAGCCCCCCUUUCCCCAAAAAGUUAAUUUGACAUGCAAUUUCAUCACAGAUAAGAAGCUAGUUGGUUUAACUGAUACUGCUCCUUUGUCGACUGUACUCACACGGUCAUAAAAUAGCCCUAUGAGCCUGCCUGUUACUGAAAAUCGUAAGGAAGUUGUAUAGAACCUGUCAAAGUGAAAGCAUAAUCAGACGUUCCCUAAACAUCGAGCUAUGACUAGCAGCAGUUCACUGCCACUGGUGGUGCUAUGUAUGGUGCUGCUGGUUCUGGUUUACGUAAGGAUCACCCCCUUCCUGUUUUUUUGGUCCCGGCAGUAUCCUCCGAUACCCGUUAUAGUUGACACAACACUUUGUGCGCCAAUAGGCAACAGUUGUACUGGUUCUAGUAAACAAAGCAAGUCAACCGUCGGAGACAGCCUACUGUAUAAUGUAGCCCGAUCUUUCGAGACGCUACAAGCAAAAUAAAUAAUCCUACAGCCUACCCAAUUUUACAGACCAAGUUAACCAGAAAGUGAAAGACAACAUCCCUUCAAUUGCAUCAGCCAUCAUAAGAUCCAUCAUGGAGGUGUCUCACACUGUGGAAACAGAGGAGCUGAUGACAUGCCUCCAGAUCCAGCUCUACCACCCCCAGCAGGCUUCCAGGGCUCUGUACCGCAUGUUGCCUUUGGAAACCAGACACAAGCUCCAGGCCGAGGACCCAGUGAGGCUGGGCCGGGAUGCCCAGGCCUGCACCUUCGUGCUGGCCGACCCCCGUGUCUCCCGCAAGCAGCUGUCCUUGCAGGCCUACCGCACCUCCAACAGCCCGGACAUGCUAUUUUCUGUGCAGAACCUCAGCCAGAAGGGACGUGUGACUGUCAAUGGGUUUGAGCUGGGGUUCCUGGAGAGGGCAGAGCUGCCUGGUAAGGCCCUGAUACGGUUCGGGGAAUAUGAGAUGCUGAUACGCCGUGAGAAUGGAGAGGCGAAGGGGAGCUUUGAGGUGGAGUUUGGGGUGCUGGCAGUACCCCCUUCCAGAGAGAUGGGCAUGGUCGUGCCAAAUAUGGUGCCCGUCAUGGACACGGGCUCAGACCUUUCAACCAAUGGCAUCCCACCACUCAUGAGCCAAGGGCCAAUGGAGAUGGAUGAGACAAUCAUGUACCAAUCAGGCAGGGCGCUUCUUCCAUAAAAUAGUUGUACUACAAUGACAGCCAUAUUGUUUUGAUUAUAUUGUAUUAUUUUUUCUUCAACUAGAAGCAGUUUUCUUGAAAAAUGCUGAUGUUAAACAUUCUGAAAGCUUAAAUCAAAAUGUUGACUGUAUGUGGUGCCAAGCUAUCAGUACCUCAAAUGUUUUUAUAUUCUACCUUUAUAACCCACUCCUCAAGUAUUAUUCACUGUUAUGUUAUUUUAUCAAAUGUGAAACUAAAGCUUGUGAAUAUUACCCUUUUUCAUGAUACCCAAAUAAGAGCAAGUAUCAGAAUUCAAUGAAGGAUGGGGUUAGGAAGGAUACUGUUUUGUAAAUGUUGAUUAAAAUAGCAAAACUG